GUACGAGACAAUUUUUGCUCGUCCAUCAUGCGCAUGUGGAUAUUCCAUUACUCUAUCGACACUCAUCCCUAUCCAAGGAUAGACCUGAAGGCGAAUGGACUAUACUCCGGGUUCAGAGCAUCAUUUGGCCCAUCCUGGUGGUUAAGCGGAAAUGCAGUAUCACGCCCACAUCAAAAUUGCUUUAUACUGUCGCUGUAGUCUAUCCUACAUAUGUUCUAUAACUCCCAUGUAUGUCUUCUCAAUCGGGCCGUCCUGUUUGGCGACUGGCCUUUCGGCUGUCCAUAUCUUGGCGUCCAGAGGGCGCACACACCAGUUGUUAAUUCACAUCAGGACAUGGCAGGGUAUGAGAACAAUCUCGCUUUUUGCAGUUCAUCUAUUUGGUACCAACUGCUAUACCGUUGCAAUUACUGCGGUCAACAUUCUUUAUCCUUCGAGCAUCGCAUCGUCCUCAAGGUAUUGAAGAACAAUGCUUUUGCUCCUCAAUUAGCUCACGACUUGGUCGAAGACGAUGUCUCUCAACCCCUCAUUCUCCAUCCCUACCCUUGCCAGCGAAGCAGUAACAAGAGCAAGAAGGAUAGGUCAAAGCUCCUGCUAAAAACACGGGGUGGGGGGCCAGGUCUUUGCGCCUGCGCACUUUGGGCGUUCACCUGCGGGCUCUGGUGCGUGUCUGGUGUUUUUCAGUUUAGGUUCUCGGUCUUCCCUUUUUCCUCCCCCCACAGACCGCUCUCUCUCACACAUGCUGACAGAUAUAGUCUAAAACGAUCCUCAAAACUUUUUCCCUCCACUUCUGCUCACUUUAUAGGACCCCCCCCCCCCC